AUGAGCUGCCUGCUACAAUGGAACCUGUCCGCUGCGCCAAAUACGCCGCCGGCAAGUGAACUGCUGUUCCACAUGCCCACGCCUACAUCCAAUUUGGACUCCAUUAAUGAUUUCAUGAAUCCGUUCACGCCGUCCUGGCUCCCCGCCGACGACUUCCUCGGGUCGCAAGCUGCACCGGACGUCGAUUUCGAUUCUCUGUCGACUUGCCUCUCCCGACAAGAGGGUUCAGCGCCUUGUCUGGCACAACAGCAGCCGAACGAAUCACAGACUCACGCCCAGUGGCUAUCCAAGGUGACCGAGGUGAACGUUAAGCUCUACGGACACGCGCGCCACGUGUCGUGGAUCGCAGAGAGCCCCCAUAUUAGAGACAGAUGGAUGAGCAGGACUAAUGGCGUGUUUGAAGAGACGUUUAGCCUCUCGCUGCAGCUCCUCUCGAUUCUCACAGAAUCCGAGUCGGAACGAAAUUCUAGAGACUUUGAUUCAGGAUCGUCGUUGAUUAUCCUGUCCUGCUACAUUAGAACACUGGAGAUCUACGCGGAUCUGUUCAACGCCGUGCGAGAAGCCAUAUCCAAAGAGGACGUGGAAGGCUUACAAUUACCCGAACUGGCGACAGGGACAGUUUCGAUAGGGUCAUUUCCUGCGCUGCAACUAGUCCUUAUCGUUGAGAUAGGAAAGAAGAUACUGCAGAGAAUGAAGGCGUGUGUUUGGCGGAUAGAGCAUGCGGGGGUAUCAGACGUCCGGUCAAGAGAGGACAGGGUGUGCAGCACGAUGGACGGGCUACGCCUCGCGUUGGAGCCUGUGAGCAGCAGAGAGCGGCAGGAUUCAUUCCGCCUCUGA